AACGCCUCCCCGGUAGGAGGGGAACCAGCGGCUCCUCCCGUCCGUCUGUCCGCCUCUGAAGCUGCACUACUCGGAUCUGUAGAGUCCGGACCUCCCGGAGAGAAGCAGCGGAGAUAGGAACAGCAGGUCCAGAACAUGGUGGUUCCAUAUGAAGGUCAGAGUUAUUCAGCUCUGAGGAAACAGAGUCAGCUGGAUGGACGUCUGUUUGAAGAUCCUCUGUUCCCCACCAGCGAUCGGUCGCUGUUCUUCCAGAACAACUCUGUGGGACACGUCACCUGGAAGAGACCUCAGGAGCUGAGCAGGAACCCUCGGCUGUUCGUGGACGGGAUCAGUGCCCACGACCUCCACCAGGGCCAGCUGGGGAACUGCUGGUUCGUAGCCGCCUGCUCCAGUCUGGCCUCCAGAGAAGCUCUGUGGCAGAAGGUGAUUCCGGACUGGAAGGACCAGGAGUGGGACCCGGAGCGACCCGAGUCCUACGCUGGGAUCUUCCACUUCCUGUUCUGGAGGUUGGGUCAGUGGGUGGACGUGGUGAUCGACGACCGGCUGCCGACGGUGAACGGAGCUCUGAUCUACUGUCACUCCAACGACUCCAACGAGUUCUGGAGCGCCCUGGUGGAGAAGGCCUAUGCUAAAAUGUGCGGCUGCUACGAGGCUCUGGAUGGAGGGAACACUGCAGACGCUCUGGUGGAUUUCACUGGAGGAGUUUCAGAACCCAUGGACCUGACGGAGAACAACUACAAGACCGACGAGAACCAACGGAACCAACUGUUUGAAAGGGUUCUGAAGGUCCACAACCGAGGAGGACUGAUCAGCUGCUCCAUCAGGGCGACCAGUGCGGCCGACAUGGAGCAGCGUCUGGACUGCGGUCUGGUUAAAGGACACGCCUACGCCGUGACCAGCGUCCGCCGGGUCCGACUGGGACACGGACUGCUAGCCUUCUUCAGAUCCGACAAACUCACCAUGAUCCGCAUGAGGAACCCGUGGGGCCAGAGGGAGUGGACCGGGCCCUGGAGUGACAGCUCUGAGGAGUGGCAGGAGGUGAGCAGGAGUGAGAGGGAGAGGAUGGGCGUCACCGUGGAGGACGACGGAGAGUUCUGGAUGACGUUUGAUGACUUCAUCGCCAACUUCACUGACCUCAUCCUGUGUCGCCUCAUCAACACGUCCUACCUGAGCCUCCAUAAGACCUGGGAGGAGGCCGUGAUGCCAGGAUCCUGGCGUCGCCACGACGACCCGCUGCUGAACCGGGCCGGUGGCUGCAGCAACAACAAGCACACCUUCCUCCAGAACCCGCAGUUUGUGUUUGACGUGAAGAAACCGGAGGACGAAGUUCUGAUCUGUCUGCAGCAGAAAGACCGAAGAAUGCUGAGGGACGGACGAGGAGAGAACCUCCCCAUCGGCUUCGACAUCCACAGAGUGGAGUUAAACAGGAAGUACAGGAUCCAUGCUCCCCAGCAGAAGGUCGGCAGCAGCAUCUACAUCAACUCCCGCUCAGUGUUCCUUCGGACCGAUCUGCCGGAGGGUCGAUACGUCGUCAUCACCACCACCUUCGAACCGGGUCUGGAGGGAGAGUUCCUGCUGCGCAUCUUCACCGACGUACCAUCAGACUGCAGUGAGUUGACCCUGGAUGAACCUCCUCAGACCUGCUGGUCCGGUCUCUGUGGGUUCCCGUCUCUGGUGUCUCAGGUCCACGUCCUUCAGGCUGACGGACUUGCAGCUCAGGACUCAGACGGAGACUCAGACCCCUAUGUCAUCAUCACCUGUGAAGGUGAGAAGGUGCGCUCUGCGGUCCAGAAGAACACCUGUAGCCCCGCCUUCAAUACCAAGGGACUGUUCUACAGGAAAAGGAGCAACCGGCCAAUCAGCAUCCAGAUCUUCAACCAUAACGUCCUGCUGGACUCCUUCCUGGGUCAGGUGACUCUGCCUGCUGAACCAGGUGAAAUCAGGAAGACGCUGCACCUGAAGGAUAAAGGUGAUCGCCGUGACAACGACCUCCCUGGUACCAUCACUGUUGCCAUAGUAACCAGCUCCACACUGACCAGCAUCUGAGGCUGUUUGACUGUCAGCCAGUUUACCUGAAAUACGCCUGAAAUACGCCUGAAAUAAACCUGAAAUAUGCCUGAAAUAAACCUAAAAUACGCCUCAAAUAAACCUGAAAUACGCCUGAAAUAAGCCUGAAAUAAACCUAAAAUACGCCUGAAAUAAACCUGAAAUAUGCCUGAAAUAAACCUGAAAUAAACCUGAAAUAUGCCUGAAAUAAACCUGAAAUACGCCUGAAAUAAACCUGGAAUACGCCUGAAAUAUGCCUGAAAUAAACCUGAAAUACGCCUGAAAUAAACCUGAAAUACGCCUGAAAUGUGCCUGAAAUGAACCUGAAAUACGCCUGAAUUAAACCUGAAAUACGCCUGAAAUACACCUGAAAUAAACCUGAAGUACGCCUGAAGUGUGCCCGUAGCCUUCCUCCUGUUUAUAGCUUUAACCUGCUCUAUUUGGUAUUUUCUCUGAAAGUAUUUUCAUUUUUUAAGUUUUAUUUUUAAGUUUUCUAACUUUAUACGUUCAGUUGUUUGUUUACCUGAACAGAGUUUACCUGAACACAGAGUUUACCUGAUCAAUGAUUAAAGCUUCAUUUAUCCAGAAAGUCACAGAUCAGGGAUCAGCAGGAACCACUCAACUAUUACAGUCGCUGUGUCCACUGUAAUAGUACUACUACUAGUACUACUACCAGUACUAGUAGUACUACUAGUACUAUUAGUACUGGUACUACUAUUAGCACUACUACCAGUACUAGUAGUACCGGUACUACCAAUACUACCAGUACUGGUAGUACUAGCAUAAACCACUAGCAGCUCCACGUUUAAACUGCGGCUUUAAUUAGAUUCUUUCUGUUUACUGAUUGAACCUGUGGACCAAACUGGGCUGUAGACCUAGAACCAGAACCAGACCCAGGGUUCUGUGUGUAUUUUGUCUGUUGGUGUUAGCAGAAGCUCUGUAUCUGUCAUAAACACAUGGAGUAAAUAAAGUUUACGCUCUUUAAAAUUCUAGAA